AUCUUAAACUUUAAUCUUCUUUUUUAUUUUGUUUUUAUAGCUAACACCAAAAUCACAAUCCAUAUCUUAAACUUUAAUCUAAAAACACUUCAGCGUUUUAAAGUAAUUCAACCAACAUAAGCUGUCAGCUGUAGUUGAUUUUUUCCUUCAAUUUUACCCACCUUAACCGACGACAAGAAUAACCCCCUAAACCAAACCUUUUCUUUUGUAUUAUUGUCUUCCACCUAACGGAAAUCCAAGAUCAGAUCACACCCCCUUCCCCUAUUAAGCUCCAAUUUCUCGAUUUAAAAUCUUCUAUUCAAAUCCAUUAACCCACAGAAGCUCAGAUUGUUGAACUUAUUUUGGCCACCAGUGAAUUGGAUUGGGGAGCUCACUGCAGAUUUCAAUCACUUCUAAGGUGUGUUUAUCAGAUUUUAAUAGUGUAAGUUUAGAGUUGUAAAAGUUUCAUUAGAAUUAGUCUGGUGAAGAUAACUGGCAGAUAUAGUUCUACGUUGGACAACUGAGCUGAUUUGCUUGGUUGUCGAUGGGAGAUAGAUGGCUUUGAUUGUAGAGGAGAAAUGAGAUGGUAGAGAGUGAUUUGAUUAUAGACAAGGUUGAGGAGAGUGCAAUUGACAACUUUCGGAGGGCGCCUUCCUUCUCGGGCUGGUGUGAUGAUAAUGGCACCCUCCAUUCAGCUCAAUUAGGGAAUGUUCGUACCCUCACUGAUGACUUUGACUUUGAACUGCCACUGGUUAAUCAGAACGGUAUAGGAAAUGGAUCUGUAGGCGAGGAUACACAAAAUUAUAAGCAGAGGAUGAAGGGUGGUGAUGAUUUGGCUGUUGCAUCUACUGGGAAUGGAAAAGAUAGAUAUGUUCCGUUUGACGUAGAGAACGGUUCUAGAAGUAAUCCAACAUAUUCAAGUGCUGGCGGGGAAGGCUCCACUUAUACGGACCACCAUGAUCCAUCGCGAGCAAUUUCAAAGAAUGUUGUUUCUGUUGCUGAUGUGCUGAAGACGUUGGUAUUAAUACUUGUAUGGUACACAUUCAGUACGUUCUUGACAUUGUACAAUAAAACUCUUCUAGGGGAUCAUCUAGGGAAAUUCCCUGCUCCUUUACUGAUGAAUACCUUCCACUUUGCAAUGCAAGCCAUUUUGUCCAAAUUCAUUACCUGGUUCUGGUCCCGAAAAUUUCAACUCACUGUAAUGAUGAGUUGGAAAGAUUAUUUUUUGAGAGUUGUACCCACAGCUCUCAGUACGGCAAUGGAUGUCAACCUCAGUAAUGCAUCCCUUGUUUUCAUAUCAGUCACAUUUGCUACUAUGUGUAAAUCUGCAGCACCGAUAUUUCUCCUACUGUUCGCUUUUGCUUUCAGGAUUGAGUCACCGAGUUUAAAGCUGCUAGGGAUCAUGUUGAUUAUUUCUAUUGGGAUACUAUUAACAGUUGCAAAGGAAACAGAGUUUCAGUUUUGGGGAUUUAUCUUUGUUAUGCUAGCUGCUGUUAUGUCUGGGUUCCGCUGGACUAUGACUCAGAUACUUCUGCAGAAAGAAGUCUAUGGUUUAAAAAAUCCACUCACGCUAAUGAGCUAUGUUACUCCAGUGAUGGCUAUUUCAACUGCUGUGCUGUCUCUUAUUUUUGAUCCAUGGCAUGAGUUCGGAGACAACAGUUACUUUGAUAGCUCAUGGCACAUUACUAGAAGUUGUUUGCUGAUGCUUUUUGGUGGAACAUUGGCUUUCUUUAUGGUUUUGACAGAGUAUAUUCUUGUGUCUGUUACUAGUGCAGUAACUGUGACAAUAGCAGGAGUCGUAAAGGAGGCUGUCACUAUCUUGGUUGCUGUCUUUUACUUCCAUGAUAAGUUUACCUGGAUGAAAGGUGUUGGUCUCUUGACAAUAAUGCUUGGUGUCAGUUUGUUUAAUUGGUACAAGUAUGACAAAUUACAAAAAGGAAAUCUAAGUGAAGAUGAGAUGUCACGAUCCUCAAUGCAAAAUGCAGCUGCAAAGUAUGUUAUUCUUGAAGAAUUGGAAGAUCAAGAUGAUUGUACUUGAAGUUCCUAUACCGUAUUAUCUGCAUUUGCAAACUUUAUGACUGCUGCCAAUGCUGAUAUUUUCAAUAGAGGAUGAGUGUCAUAUUUGAAGUUUUUACAAGUCUAGCAAAGAUUAUUGUAGUCUGCAUUACGUGUAGAGUUGACCGACAACUGUUCGAUUGUGAUACGAUUACUAGAUGACUGCUGCCAAUGCUGAUAUUUUCAAGAAUGGGUGAGUUGUCAUAUUUGGAUUAUACCAAGAAGCUCAAAUGGGACCAAAGUGGCAGCAUCAACUGGUCUUUGUUCAGCUUAACCCUGCCCUAGACAGCCUUUUAUCAGUUUGCUGGUGAAAGGAAGAAGGUUUUGUUCAUCAUUAUUGUUGGUGAAAAGAUUGAUCAGUUUCCAUACAUAAUUCUAAGGGCUCCAUUUUUGUUAAACAAAUUUUCUAUUUUGUUCUUAUUGUAUCUCUGUAUUUGGCAUCAAAAUUUCAUCCUCAUUUAUUCAAAUAUUUUUCCAGUUUUAUCU